GUAACAUGGUAGAAAUCAUGUACAUUUUUCAGUCAAGUCUAAAUGUGAAUGAAAAUUCUGUCACUAUGAAUGUAAAAUCUCAUGUUUUACUAGCACAGGUGGAUUCUUUGUCAUGCGUGAAAAAUUGAGUCAAUUAAUACUUUUCAGAAGACAAAGACUAGGAUUAAAAAGCCAGGAAAUGUCAGAUUAGUUUUAUUCUGACCUGUGCAAAUUUAUUUGUCUAGUAUGCAUUGAGUACGGCUCAGGGAAAAAUGUACAGCUUUUAAUAGACUAAAUCCAGUCUUAAUGGAUUACCUAAUUGUAGAUUUCCAAGGAUACAGAUUAGAACCAUUUAUCUCUGAUUUCAGUGGAAAUUAGGCAAAUCAGAUUUUUUCCCCCUCUCUCUCCUUAAUUUCUGCUAGGUACCCCCGGGCCUUUGGAAAACAGGUAUUUUAAUUCUUUAGAAAGGUCAAGAUUCUGUCACAAAAGCUGAGCAAAAGUUCUCUGUGAUAAGAAGUUACCACAUGCUCCUUUUCUACCCCUAAGAACACGAAUUAGUUCAGAACUGCUUCAGUGGCAAGUGCAUUGCCUGAACUGGAAUGCCCCUUCUUUGUUGGUUUAGACUGUAGUAGCAGAUUUUCCUUGCAAUGGCUCAAAUUCCAAUGCUGGCUCACUUCAGGCUACUCGAGGUUCCUGUUAUUCCCUCUCUGGAUGGACAGUCCCGGUGUAAGAGAAAGUGUGAAAAUGUGCCUGGGUCCCUGCUGUGGAUUGUUGUGAUGGUUGGAAACAUAGUGCGAGGAAUGGGUGAAACUCCCAUCAUGCCUUUAGGCAUUUCCUAUUUGGAGGAUUUUUCCAAAGCAGAGAAUUCACCUUUCUACCUGGCAUGUCUACAUACAGCAACUGUAAUUGGCCCCUUCCUUGGUUUAUUGUUGGCUUCAUUCUGUGCAGAGCUGUUUGUUGACAUUGGAUCAGUUGUUGCAGAUGAGAUAACCAUAACAGCUACUGAUGCCCGCUGGGUUGGAGCAUGGUGGCUGGGCAUUUUGAUUUGUGCACUGCUCAAUCUCCUCGUGGCACUACCAUUUUGGUUUUUGCCCAAGUCACUUGUGAAGGAAGGUGAAACCAAUGAACCUGAAGAGACAAGUGAAAAAAGUGCAACACCAUUGCAAGAAAAUGAUAAAAAUGAAGCCAAACAGACCAUGUAUGAAAUUGCUAAAGAUUUCAUCCCCUUCCUCAAGGCUCUGUUCCACAACCCUGUGUAUAUGUUAUUUAUAUGCAUAACUGUGUUGCAGUUCAGUGCCUUUGAUGGCAUGAUAUCCUUCAUGCCCAAAUAUUUGGAACAGCAGUUUGGAAAAUCUGCAUCAGAUGCCAUCUUUUUAAUUGGUGUUUACAACUUGCCAGUUCUAUGCGUUGGGUAUUUUUCUGGCGGCUUAUUCAUGAAGAAAUUCAAGAUUAAUCUCUAUCAGGCUGCGAACAUAGCAUUUUGGGUAUCUUUACUGGAAUACCUUCUCUACUUUGCUGCCUAUUGGACUGUCUGUGAUACCUCACCAGUUGCUGGUCUAACAGUUUCCUAUCAAGGAAUAGAUCAAGUUUCAUAUGCAGAAAAUACUCUACUGGCUAGCUGCAACAUGGAUUGUGAUUGCCCACUUAAAAUAUGGGACCCUGUUUGUGGGAACAAUGGAAUCACUUACGUGUCACCGUGUCUGGCUGGGUGUAAAUCCUCAAGAGGAGCUGGAAGAAGUUUGGUAUUUGAGAACUGCACCUGUGUUGCAGCCUCCGGGUUUUCUUCUCCAAACAUCUCUGCAACUCUGGGCCAGUGUGAUGGACAUGAAAGCUGUGACAAGAUGCUCCAUUAUUUUUUAAUAUUGACAUUAGUCUGCAGCUUCAUUUUUUCCUUAGCAGCCAUGCCUGGAUACAUGGUCUUAAUAAGGUCUCUAAAGCCUGAACAGAAGUCAUUUGGAGUGGGUAUCCAUGGGCUGGCCUCAAGAGUAUUUGCUGGAAUUCCAUCUCCCAUUUAUUUUGGAGCAUUGAUAGAUACCACUUGCUUGAAGUGGGGUUCUAUGACUUGUGGUGGAGAAGGAGCAUGUAGGAUGUAUGAUAUUGUCACAUACAGGUGGCUCUAUCUUGGCCUGCCAGCAGUGUUACGUGGAGUGUCCUACAUCCCAAGCACACUAGUUCUCCUCACUUUAAAGAAGAAACUGAAAUCUGAAAAGCCAGUCCUAUUAAAUGAACCAAUAGAAAUGCAGGAUAAAAGACAAGAAGCAGUGAAAUAGCAUCACACAGAAGGACAUGUUGGGAAAACCAUUGCAGUGUAAAUAUUGGAUAUAUCCUUGUGAAAAAUUUUUUACUUUAAGUAAGGAACACUUGGACAGAGAUUAAUAGAAUUACACAUAGUUGUAUCCUACUUACAUUAUAAAAGUAUCAGUUUAUAAACACAAGGCAUGGGAAAGAUAUAUUUGGUGCAAAAAACAAGGACUAGAAAUAAAAAAAUUUAUGAAAUGCCAGGUUUGAGUUGUUUGAGCAAAGGGCUACGAAGCAGGAACAUAUGCGUUCAGUCCUGCUUCAUUGAAAAUAGAGAGAAUUUUGCAUUUGACUCUGAGUGAUACCAGAUUUCAUCUAGGAAUUCUCACAUGGUUUCUGUCAGAAUGUCAUUGACUGUAGACAAAAUUUGUGGCUUCUUCAUGUCCCAGUUUUCCAUAAAUUUAUUUAAUGAUAUUAGUCCUUUCAGGCAGAGAUUAUUUGUUAUUCUACAUAGUAUAGAUGGUCGAUAUUUUGUAAACCUGGUUUAUGACAUGGUCUGGGUGUUGUGGUAAUAACAAUAAAUUUUAAAAAUUACAUUUUUUUAAAAA